AUGCAUCACACAUCGGUCGAUCGUCACGCAACCCUGAAACACUUGGCGCAGGCGCGGGAUACCUGCGAGAUGGUUCGAUUGCGAGGUCUAGAAAAUUCCAUGAGAAAGUUAUCAUCAUUAAAGAA